ACAUUUGCAUUCAAAAUGGAAUUUUUUUUUUUCCGUUGCAGACGUCUGGAGCAGAACUCAAUCAAGGUCAUCCCCCCUGGAGCUUUCUCCCCGUAUAAAAAACUUAGAAGAAUUGACCUGAGCAAUAACCAGAUCUCUGAACUGGCACCAGAUGCUUUCCAAGGACUACGUUCUCUGAAUUCACUUGUCCUCUAUGGAAAUAAAAUCACAGAACUCCCCAAAAGUUUAUUUGAAGGACUGUUUUCUUUACAACUGCUAUUAUUGAAUGCCAACAAGAUAAACUGCCUUCGGGUAGAUGCUUUUCAGGAUCUGCACAACUUGAACCUUCUCUCCUUAUAUGACAACAAACUUCAGACCAUUGCCAAGGGGACCUUCUCACCUCUCCGGGCCAUUCAGACUAUGCAUCUGGCCCAGAACCCCUUUAUUUGUGACUGCCAUCUCAAGUGGCUGGCGGAUUAUCUCCAUACAAACCCCAUCGAGACCAGCGGUGCCCGAUGCACCAGCCCCCGGCGUCUGGCAAACAAAAGAAUUGGACAGAUCAAAAGCAAGAAAUUCCGUUGCUCAGCUAAAGAACAGUAUUUCAUUCCAGGUACAGAAGAUUAUCGAUCAAAAUUAAGUGGAGACUGCUUUGCAGAUUUGGCCUGCCCUGAAAAGUGCCGCUGCGAAGGAACCACAGUAGACUGCUCCAAUCAGAAACUCACCAAAUUCCCAGACCACAUUCCCCAGUACACAGCAGAGCUGCGUCUUAAUAAUAACGAAUUCACAGUGCUGGAAGCUACUGGAAUCUUCAAGAAACUCCCUCAGUUACGUAAAAUAAACUUUAGCAACAAUAAGAUCACAGACAUUGAAGAGGGAGCAUUUGAAGGCGCAUCUGGAGUGAAUGAAAUACUUCUCACAAGUAAUCGUUUGGAAAAUGUUCAACAUAAGAUGUUCAAAGGAUUGGAAAGCCUCAAGACUUUGAUGUUGAGAAGUAAUCGCAUAAGCUGUGUAGGGAAUGACAGUUUCAUAGGACUCAGCUCUGUGCGUUUGCUUUCUUUGUACGAUAAUCAAAUCACUACAGUUGCACCGGGGGCAUUUGAUACUCUCCAUGCUUUGUCUACUCUAAAUCUCUUGGCUAAUCCUUUCAACUGCAAUUGCUACCUGGCUUGGUUGGGAGAGUGGCUCAGGAGAAAAAGAAUUGUGACAGGAAAUCCUCGCUGUCAGAGACCAUACUUCCUCAAAGAAAUCCCCAUCCAGGAUGUUGCCAUUCAAGAUUUCACUUGUGAUGAUGGUAAUGAUGACAACAGCUGCUCCCCACUCUCUCGGUGUCCCACGGAAUGUACCUGCCUGGACACAGUAGUCCGGUGUAGCAACAAGGGCUUGAAGACCUUGCCCAAAGGGAUCCCAAGAGAUGUCACUGAAUUGUACUUGGAUGGGAACCAGUUCACAUUGGUUCCCAAGGAACUCUCUAACUACAAACAUUUAACACUUAU